CCGAAGUGAUUGGCCCACCGGCGCAUCAACACUAGCAUGCAAGAAACAGCUGAGGGCGAUAUGUCUGCUUUUGCGAUGUCAAAUAAAUUUAGAAUAGGGCUUAUCCAGUUAAUGGUGUCUUCUGCUAAACUGGAAAACCUGAACAGAGCAACGAAGCUGGUGAAGGAGGCAGCAGAGCAGAAGGCAAAAGUUGUAGUGCUACCGGAAUGUUUCAACUCUCCAUAUGGAACAAAAUUUUUUCCUGAAUACGCUGAAAAGAUCCCAGGGGAGACUUCACAAGUACUUUCUGAAGCUGCCAAGGAGUGUGGGAUUUAUCUUGUUGGAGGAUCCAUCCCAGAGGAAGAUGGGGGAAAACUUUAUAAUACCUGCAUGGUAUUUGGACCUGAUGGCUCAUUACUUCUGAAACACAGGAAGAUCCAUUUGUUUAACAUUGAUGUUCCAGGAAAAAUCCGCUUUCAGGAAUCAGAAACACUCAGCCCAGGAAGCAGCUAUUCUGUGUUUGACACUCCUUUUUGCAGGAUUGGAGUGGGUAUUUGUUAUGACCUUCGUUUUGCAGAACUGGCACAGAUUUAUACUCAAAAAGGAUGCCACCUGCUAGUUUAUCCAGGAGCCUUUAACAUGACCACUGGACCAGCCCACUGGGAACUGCUGCAGAGGGGGAGGGCUAUAGAUAAUCAGGUUUAUGUAGCCACGGCAUCACCGGCCCGUGAUGAGAAGGCUUCCUAUGUAGCUUGGGGCCACAGUACAGUGGUCAGCCCCUGGGGAGAUGUGCUGGCCAAAGCUGGUUCAGAGGAGACCAUAGUAUACGCCGACAUUGAUAUGCAGCAUCUGACUGACGUCCGGCAGCAGAUUCCUCUUCACACUCAGAAGCGUCAUGACCUUUACAAAGUGACUGCCAUUCAGGAGGGAUAGAGUACUCUGCAUCCUGAAUAUUUUAGGAAGCUCCCAGAAUGAAUUUGAAAAGAAAAAAAUGACAAAACCAGCAAGAAAGUUGUUCCCUUACUAUCAAUCAAUAAAUAGAUAUUGCUUGCUAUUUUAGAACUUGGACACUAAGCUGGUUAGGAUGACCUACUGAUCUGGUUUUACUAAUCACGGUCUUGUAAGAGAAAUUAUUCAAAGCCAGUCGGGAACUUAAGAAGAUGAUUAAGUUAUGCUUGAGAUUUUUUUAUUCAUUAAAGUAACAAUGGUACUGUAUGUAUUCAGAACAAAUCGAUCACACUAAUAGUUAUUUUUGAAUGUAAGAUUUUCUAAUUAAUAAGAAAGAGUGUUAAAGGAGAAUUUAAAUAUGAAUGAUUAGAUUUGGAAUACAUCAGAAUUGUUGAUUUAAGAAGAUUCUGAAAUUAUUUUUAUUUAACAAUGAAGUAUUUAACAAUCCAUUAUAAAAGUUGCUUAAAUCAGUUUUGGGGUGGGACAGAUCUUAUUUUAGCAGCAUCCAGUGCAAAGCAGGAACCAACGCUGAACAGGCUGCCAGUCAGACACUGGGCAGGGUCACACAGCCACCAUAUACAGCACCGGUGUGGAGUCAUCAGUUAAGAUGUGUUACAUGUUUGAGAUGUGUGAGCAGAACUCGCAUACAUACUGGUAGAACAGGCUCAACUUGAACUGUAAAGCAGAAAUACUACCCAUCCAGACCCACCAUGAAAUUUGCCACAGUAAUUUUUGUUUUUUGAAUGUUAUUGGUGAGUGAGAGCCUAAGCCAGCAGCAAAGUUCUGGAUUAGUUGAUGGUCCCUUAUUGAACCCUCACAACACUUACUGAAGAAUUGUAUUGAGUAAGGAUCAUUGCUGUUGUAGGUCACAGUUGGCAUUUCCUAUUUUGCUAGGCUUUUUAGGUGCACACAAGGCCUGUUAAGACAGCAGAUUUAACAGGAUACAGAAAUCCAGCUUUACACCCAACCUGUGUUUAUGAGAAAAUGGAUUACCUACAGCUCAUAACAUUCUUGGUCAGCCCUGUACUUCUUCUGAUAACAGAUUUAAAUCGGAGUUGAACUGACUGAACUGGCAGAAUCCUUGAGACAUGGGGGCGUCUAAUAGACUCUCAAGUUUGAACAAAAAAACUAUAAUUCAGUGAGUGACAACUUUGAUUGACAAAAUAACAUGCCUAUGAGCAGUCACUGGUUCUGUAACUGGAAGUGACCUCGAUCCAAUCUCCAGAGGUUACUCCCUUCUUUAAAAACUAGCUGAAUUCAUCUCUUCAAGGUUUGCUCUCUCUCUCUGCCUGAAACCAACAAGACUUUCUCUGUGGAACACAAAGCAGACAAUCUCUUCUCUUUAUGGACUUGAAUGCUGAGAUCUGCUUUGCCAGAUCAAGCCAGUGACUGAGCCCAGUUUAAGAAGACUUGAGUAAAGGCUGCUGCUUAAAGAAGAGAGCUUCAGAGCCUAAACUCUUCUGCCAGAACAAGUAAUGCUUUUCCUAUAAAGUUGCAGAGGACACAGCAAAGAACCUGAGAAAAACAUAGCACACCAUGAACAAAGAACCACAUCACAAAGAGGAGUACACUUAAACCCAAACCAACAAUAGCGACAACUUCACAUUUCAGAGCUCAUUCUCAAAAACUGUUUAUCUGUGUCAUGAUAAAUAGAACUCUUAAGUAGCCAAUAAACAGUCAACCUCUUCUGUGUUGCACGUUUGUCUUGUUUUGCCCUGUCUUUUAUAUCAGUAUAUAUGCAGUUAUCAGAUUUCUAUAAUCCUUGUCUUUAUCAAUAUAUUGUAUUAUUUUGCUUCUUGAAACAAGUGUGAUUCGGUUACCUUGAUAAAAUUCUAAUGGUUGGAAAUCCCUCCAACAUGUCAAAGGCAAAACUGAUAAUAAAUUAACCAACUUCA